AUGCACAUUGGGUCAGCAUCCACCACGGGCCAGCACCACGUCUUGGAAUAUGCAGGAUUUCACAUCGGUCGGGCCCAAUUGGAACCUUGUAAUGAGACCGCCAUCAGCCGUUUAAAUAGACUAACUAAUAAAACUGAACGAUUGGAUCCGGAGCCUCGAUUAAAUGUUGCCACUACCACCGAGCAGAAGCAAAAUUUGACCAUGACAGGUGGAGUUGACGAUGUGGAGUGGAUGGAGAUGGGAGAUUGGACCAUUGAGAAUUUCAAACGUGACGCAAAAUGA